AUGCUCUGUGCCUCUGAACAAGUGUUAGCGCCGGCCGCAACACGUAGUUUCCCUUCCAAUCAUUCGAACAAUAGUAGCAACAGCUCCACUACCAAUCCCUCCAAUCCUUACUCUCCAUCACGUAGUAUCCCACUUUUACAUGACCCUUAUGACCCGAGAAUCGAACAGGAAUAUGAGCAACUCGUUCAGCAUUGGACCCAGCAGUUGCUACACAAGACGCGACAACAAUAUCACAAUGACACGUCCGCAACGACGACGAUGAAUGGACCUACAAAACCUGGUGACGUGAGUAGCAGCAGCAGCAGUGUCAGCGCUUUUAGCACUGACAAACACGACAGCACUAGCAACGUAAACACUACAACGCGGCCUGGAGUCAAUCAUCCAAUGCAUAUGGAUAUCAUUGGACGAUACCUCGAAGAACAAUGGAUGGAUUCCCAGCACAUGUUAGAGUGUGCACAGGCAUGGAACGGACGUGACACAAUAAGCCUUAGUGAAGCGGUACGUGCCAUGAACGUUGUCAGUCUUCGAUUGAUGCAGCGCACACUCGACACACGCCAAAUGCUGUUUAGUCACUAUUCCAGCGCGUCGCGAGAAGAAGAGAAAGGGUAUGUCCCCUUGUUUUCGCCUUGGAUAUCGCCGCGUCCAGGACAUCAGCAGUACAUCAGCAGUAGCAGUAGUGGUAGUAGUAGCGAGGACGGGUCGGUUCAAUGGCGGCCUCGUCAUUCUCCCUCGCUUGCCAGCCUUCCGAAAGUGCCUGUUGUACAGGACGCGCCCAAGGGUUUGGUUGCCAACAAAGGUACGACGGUCCCAAGAAUCUCAUUAGCAUUAUCAACGGACGACGAGGAGGAGCAAGAAAUGCACGCACCGUUGCUCCGUAAACAUCAGACAGACAGUAGCAAUGGCAGUAGUAUCACCGGUGGCCAACCGAAUACGAACGAUUGGACCCACGACAAGCUGAGAAAGAAACCAUCGCUUCAAACCAUCGAGCACCAAGCUGCUGCUGUGAUGGCUACAAAUGCUGCUACGUCGCCGCCUGGUGCUCGACGUCCUGUCCGGCUGGUUCCGUCACCAUCUGCACCCAACUGUUCUGGUUCGACAUCAAACAACUGCUGCUUCAAUUCAUUUGCGCCAGCCACCAAUUACCAUCGUUAUUACCAUCCGCAGCAGAAUUGGACCGAAGAAGAACUAGAAGAAGAGGAAGAGGAUUACGACGGUAGUAAGCUUGACGCCAAUAAUAAGCAAUCGCAGUGGAGAAGCUGGUAUAACUAUCACGGUCAUACGAGUCAACUUCAUCGUCGCCACCGUCAACAUCAACACCCCCAUCGACAGCAGCAAUCAACAUCAUCAUCCUCAUGUACAUUUUGCUAUCGUCCAGUGCCAAAGAAGAGUCUGUCAGCUGGUGAUGCCGAAGAUACGCGACUUUUGCCAAGCAGCAGCAGUGACCAAAGCUCAACUGAGGACAACCAGAGCAUGAGCUAUUUGAAUGCUGCCGCACCCGACAAAACCAUGGUGGAAGAAAUGCAACAGUAUGACGACGAAACUCAAGGGUUGUUGACCAAGGAUAGCAAGUUCUCUGACAGCGGCAAAUACCUGGACGAAAGCAGUGAAGAAGAGCAAGGGCACAACAACGACAAUAAUGAGAAAGCCGGUUCAGAUGAAGCAUACAAUGCCUUGGUGAGCACUUAUGGUGCAAUGGGCGUGGCCAAUACCAUCAUCCGAAGUGAGUCCAGUAUAUCUGCCUUCCGACCCAUCAGCAAAAAUCUUGCGCCUAGGUGUGCUGGCACAUCCGCCACCUCAUCCUCUUCAAAGCCGGAUCAUUAUCGCGACUCGUUAUCUUCCUCGUCAUCUUCAACGUCAUCUGGUCUUGACGGUGCCCAAAAAGAACAACAGCCAUUGAAAAGCAAGAUUCCUACCAUUACCAAAAGUCAAUCAUUUCCGAGUAAGGUAGCCGCCAUGUCUUGGACAGGAUCCUCAUUCUCGUCAUACUCGGCUUCAAGACCAGCUUUACCCAACAUGAUGCCGUCGUCUUCGACGUCUGCACUUCGACACGGUGGUAGCGCUGGUGGUUGCGCCGAAAAAGGCUCCGUCAAGGAGCGGAACUUUGUGAUGCGAUCCAUUGUCAGCAAAAAGGAGUCUCUUAGUAAACUUUUCUCUGGAAUGAAAUACUAA